GCGCACAGGAGGGAGCGCACGCGGCUCAGGGUGGGCCGAGUCCCGACUCCGAGAUUCCGCCGGCCCGGCCCCCGCCGAGACCGGGGCUCGGCCGGAUCCCAGGCUCUCGGGCAGAGGAGGGGCGCGGGGCGGGGGCUCCGCGUGUGGGCGCCCAUCCUGCGCCGGGCUUCGCGGCUCCGUGCGCGGAGAGGAGCCAGCCAGGACUCCUGCUCCCCAGGUUCACGUACCUCGAGCCCCGGGCCAGGCUCUCCCGCGGGAGCGUGGCUGUGCCUCUCCGGGUCCAGCGCCCUCGGCUGGGGCGCGGGUGGAGGGCCGCUGCGGCCCUGAGAGCGUGGCGGCGGCCGGAGAUGCCGCCCUGGUCAGGGCAGCUUGGCCUGGCCGGACCUGGGCAUGGACCGUGGCCCCCAGGUAGCACCUGCACUGCCAGUGUCCCUCCAUGGGGCAGUGGCUUCCCCCACGUCCACCUCCAGGUCUGAGCAGAGGGAGGAAGUCUGGUCACCUAGGGGAAAGCGAGUCUGUUUUUUCUCCUUCCUCUGUGGAGGGAGUGAGCAGUUUUUGUUCCCGUCCCCGCUGGAGCGCCCAGGAUGUCGCUGCCUCCUGAGUGAAGUCACCACUCCCACUCCCCGGCAGGGAGCUCCCGGGACUGGCAGGCGCAGGCAUGCCCGUGCUGUCCGAGGACUCGGGCCUACACGAGACCCUGGCGCUGCUUACCUCCCAGCUGAGCCCAGACUCGAGCCACAGGGAGGAGGUGGGCUUCCUGAGAGACGUGUUCAGCGAGCGGAGCCUCAGCUACCUGAUGAAGAUUCAUGAGAUGCUGCGCUGUUAUGAGCAGCAGAGCCCGAGCCCAGUCCUACACAGCGCCGUGGCCCUGGCUGAGGAUGUGGUGGAGGAGCUGCAGGCUGCCUCGGCGCAGGCGCACAGUGACGAGAGGGAGCUGCUGCAGCUGCUGGCCACGCCCCACCUCAGGGCCAUGCUCAUGGUGCAUGAUACAGUGGCCCAGAAGAGUUUCGACCCUGUGCUGCCCCCUCUGCCUGACAACAUUGACGAGGACUUUGAGGAGGAGUCGGUGAAGAUCGUGCGUCUGGUGAAGAGCAAGGAGCCCCUGGGAGCCACCAUCCGGCGGGACGAGCACACAGGCGCUGUCGUGGUGGCCAGGAUCAUGCGAGGGGGUGCGGCCGACCGCAGCGGCCUGGUCCACGUGGGGGACGAGCUGCGAGAGGUGAACGGCGUUGCCGUCCUGCACAAGCGGCCCGACGAGAUCAGCCAGAUCCUGGCCCAGGCGCAGGGCUCCAUCACCCUCAAGAUCAUCCCGGCCACCCAGGAGGGGGACCGCUUCAAGGAAAGCAAGGUGUUCAUGCGGGCGCUGUUCCACUACGACCCCCGUGAGGACCGCGCCAUCCCCUGCCAGGAGGCAGGGCUGCCGUUCCAGCGAGGGCAGGUCCUGGAGGUGGUGAGCCAGGACGACCCCACCUGGUGGCAGGCCACGCGCGUGGGCGACACCAACCUGCGCGCCGGGCUCAUCCCUUCCAAGCAGUUCCAGGAGAGACGACUGAGCCACCGGAGAGCCGCGGGCACCCUGCCAAGUCCCCCAAGCCUCAGGAAGCCACCCUACGAUCACCCUUGUGACUCAGAGACCUGCGACCAUGACGGGCACCUGAAAGGCCACUACGUGGCUGGUCUUCGGAGGAGCUUCCGGCUGGGCUGCCGUGAGAGGCCAGCCGGCCUGCAGGACGGAAAGGCACCCGCGGGCUGCGAGGCCCUGGAGCUGCCCACCUAUGAGGAGGUGGCCCGGUACCAGCCCCAGCCCGGCGAGCGGCCACGCCUGGCGGUUCUGAUUGGGUCCCUGGGCGCCCGGCUGCAGGAGCUGAAGCAGAAGGUGGUGGCCGAGAACCCACAGCACUUCAGUGUCGCCGUACCGCACACCACCAGGCCGCGGCGGGGCCAGGAGAAGGAGGGCGUGGAGUACCACUUCGUCUCCAGGCAGGCCUUCGAGGCCGACCUCCAGCACAACAGGUUCCUGGAGCACGGCGAGUACAAGGACCACCUGUACGGGACCAGCCUGGGGGCCGUGCGCGCCGUCGUGGCCAAGAACAAAGUCUGUGUGGUGGACGUGGAGCCGGAAGCCCUGAAACAGCUGAGGACCUCGGAGUUCAGGCCCUAUGUCAUAUUCGUGAAGCCUGUGGUGCAGGAGAAGAGGAAGACACCACCCCUGUCCCCAGCCUGGGAGGACACCUCAGGCCCGCUGGAUGAGGAGCAGCAGGACAUGGCCGCCUCUGCCGCCUACGUGGAGCAGCACUACGGGCACCUGGUGGACGCCGUGCUGGUGCGGGAGGACCUGCAGGGCGCCUGCCUGCAGCUCCGGGCACUGCUCGAGAGGCUGGGCACGGAUGCCCAGUGGGUGCCCGUCAGCUGGGUCAGGUAACUCCUGCUGGGAUGGCCCGCUGUCGGCACUCAGGACCACGAGGGCAGUCUGCCGGAGUUUACCACCCAGGAAUCCCAGCCAGAGAGCAGCAGAGUCCCCCCGGCCUCCCGCUCAAGAAGAGAACAAGGGGAGUGGCGGGCUGUUGGGGUGCGGCUGUCGGCCCCGUGGAGGGCAGCGCGUCACAGACCCUGGGUCGUUCAUUCAAGCCCCACGGCAGCCGGCUGAGUCUGCAGCGAGAAGCCCGAGCAGGAUGGGCUCAGCCCUGUCGGCUCUGCUGCCACCUCGGCUCCAUCCCUCAACAGCCUUGUUACCCAGCUCACUGAACUUGCUGGCACGGUGCUGCUUGGUAUCGGGGAAGCUGUUCUGGUGCCAUUUUCCAUAGGGCACCAUGCAGGCUGUCUCAAUGCCAGAGGUGCCCGGUGCCCGUGAAUCACUGGCCUCUUCUCUGCCCAGGGCCCGAGGCCGCUGUCCCCUGCCCGCAGCCGUUCCUAACACAGUGCUCGCCCUGUCCGGUCCGCCCUGUCCCGUUGGUCGGCCCCUUUGGGGCUGGCAGUGGCCUUGGUGCCGGCUCCUGGUGCUGGGUCCUGGGGCCUGAGCGACUCCCUCCCAGGAAGCCGAGCCUGAGCCCUGCUGUGUCCACCCAUCCCGGAGCACGCAGAUGCAGGGCGCAGCCUCACGGCUGGCCCUGAGCUGAGUAGUGAUGGCCACAUGGGCUGGGACACGGCUCCUUCCAGCGGUCAGUGGCCAGCAAGUGCAAGGCUUUGUCCUGUCAGGCGCAACUCAAAGGCCUCUGCCCUGACCCUCACGGGUACAGGAGGCCAGGGGUAAGAGUCCCGAACCCAUGUAGUCGGGGCAAGAUGAGGCUGAGACCUAAAUAACGUGCUGGAGCUCACAAAGCGUAGAUCUGAGCCUGAAUCUCCCAGACCCAAAGACCAUUCCUCCCACCCACUGUCCAGCACCCCGACAUUCUGUCUGUGUAGGCCACGCUGGCCUCGAACUCUAGUGGCAAUCCUCCUGCCUCAGCCUCCUGAGUGCUGGGAUGACAGGCGUGCGCCACCACACCCAGCUCAACACUCAUUCUUGUUGGUCCCAUAAUUGAAGCCACCGAUGAAAUCACAGUGACAGUGCCAUGUGCCGUGCCAUCUGAGGGAGAGGUGGCUGCUUGCUGUACAGAGGGGUCAGAUUACGGGGGACACAGCACAGGGCACAGGGCUCCUGCCCACCAAGGUGUCUCCAUCCCAUGUUCCUUUUGGCAGCUCCCAGGAGGGCUUGCUCGACCCCAGUGCCCGGAUGGCGCCUAGAGGGUGCCAGCAGGGGCAGAGUGGGUACUGGGCAGAAGGACUGGGGCCUAAGCUCCCUUCUCAGGCAACGGAGGGGUACUGCCAGGGCCUGUCCUCCGGGGCCGUGGUGGCACCGUGAGAUGCGCUGUCUUCUGCGUUUCCCAGGACCCUGGACCUUCUGCACAGCUCCCCAGGGACACGUUUCUCUCCGUGCCGCGGGCCGGGUGUGCAGAUGCGCAGGCCUCAAGGCCUCCCACCCCCGGGCCAGCUGCCCUCUGCCUGCUGCUGGUCGGGCACAAGGGGGAGGGAUGGGUCACUGGGGGGGUUCGGUUUUGCUGUUAGAAAGCAGAAAAGUGUCAGUAAAAUGCACGCUGGCAGAACGUGUGUGUGUGUGUGUGUGUGUGUGUGAACUAGCAUCGCGGAUGUGCUUCGCCCAGCAACGGAGCUCACUGAAACUCGGGCGCAGCCCCAGCAAGGCCUGAGGGUUUCUGCUCCUGCCUCACCAGGCACAGCCUGGCCACACGGAGGGCUUGUGGAUCACAGCCCCGUCCCUGGCACCCUCAGUGCUGCACGGACUGGUGGGACCUGGCUCCUGCACUCCAGACCCAUCCAGCACCUCAGCGAGUGUUUUCACCCUGCAGCCCUGACCAGCGAGGGGUCCCCACCCUGCCACCCUCUCGCUCCGCCGGCGGAGCCUCAGAGCUCUGGCUCUCUGCCCCUUGCAGAGCUAGGGAUGCUGCGUGUCAACCAGCAGCUCGGUGUGAUCGGGAAAUGUGGUGAAUGUUCACAGAAAAUUGCCUCCCUCACUUCUAACACACUCAUCCCAUCCUUCUGCCCCUUUCUGCAGCAGCUCUGGUGGCCUCUCCUGAGUGUCUAGUGCUGUCCUGGCUGCCUUGAUGUCCUGAAUCUACUCAAAAUGAUUCCCUUUCACGGUCAUCUUGACUUUGAGGAAAAGCCAGGAGUGCACAGUGCCAGGCCCGGUGAACAGGCAGUGAGCACGCAGCGUCCUGUCUUUCUGAGCCUGGCUGUCCUUUGGAUGGCAGCGGUCACUGUUUUUGAUCACAUCUCAAAGACCCUCAAGAAAGAGCACUCCAGAGCUGCUUCAGUCAGAAAGGGAUCAGGGCAGCGGGAUGAAUUGAGGGGGAGGAUUUUUAAGGGGGAUUCACGGCAGUGUGUCUUCUCCUGUAAUCUUUUAAAAAAUCUAAACAUCCUGCUAGCGUGGUGGUGCACACCUGUACUCCUAGCACUGGGGAGGCUGAGGCAGGAGGAUCUGCUGUGAGUUCCUGGACGACAUAGCAAGACCCUGUCUCAAAAGACUGAAAACCAAAUGUGAGCAUCCAUCCCGCAGUUUGCCCACCCUGGUGCUUCGGUCAUGCAUCUGCUCACUUAGUGUCACGGAGUCUGUGCUGCCCGUCUCUGUCCUUUUCCCCAGCAACGGCACCCGGGAUGCAGGCACCAGCUGCGGGCGUCGGCGGACGUGGAAAGACGUUUGUUAAAGGAGCCAGUCCGUUUCCGCGUGUAUCCUCCCUCCUCUCCGAAUGUGCGAGUAGCCCCUUGGAGUCAGCCUCUGGUUUCAGAACCAUGGUGUCAGCUGCUCUUUCCUCUUCCCUAAGUACAAGUCGAUGCCUGGAGAUUAUGUGGCAGAGCCAGAGAGAGGGGCUCGGACUCAGCACGGGGGGCGAGCUCCCCGCGUGGCCUGUCCCCUCCCGGCCGGCCGGACCCAGAGCACAGCAGAAAAGGCAACAAACCCAGCAAGGGCGAGCCCCUCCUCCCCCGACGGCGCGAGGCGGCCGCAGCGUCCGCCCAGCCUGGCACUCUGGCCCAUGGGCGACAGCAGCAGGGGCCUGGCAGCAGCCGCCGCACAGCAGCUGAGGACAGGACUGUGGGGCAGAACUUGAGGACCCAGCGUUCAUGACAAGACCGCUGCCCGCGCUCUGGAGCAGAGGCCCACAGGCCGAGGGAGCCCUUGGCUGGCAGUCAUCUCUCAGGAUCAGCUGUGGCUCCCGAAGGACUUAGCCACGAAACAGAGGUGACCCUGAAGAGCAGGUCGGUGCUGGGAGAGUAGACUUCGGAGGAGGAGCCGUCGCGGGGCCCGAAGGCGGGGCGGGGGACGGAGCUGGGCGGGCGGAGCAGCUCCAGCAGCGCCCUCAGCGGGGAGGAGGGGAGGAGGGCGUCGGGACGAAGGGGCAGGAGCUUGGGGCUUGCGGGGGCGGAGCGCAGGAGGGCGGGGCAGGACUGAGCGUCGCUCACCUCCUGGUCUCUAGCGGGCAGCGCCCGUCCCGGCGCGGGGAGUGGGGGCCCCAGGGACGCGCUGCUGCGCCCUCCCUCGGGCACUGGGUGCCCAGGCUUGGGGACAGCGAGUUUCUGGAGACUGACACCCCGGGAAGAGGCUGAGCCCCCAGGAAGAGGGGCCCCUGUGCGCCCACACACCAGGGCUCCAAGACGCCCGGAGCCGACCGAUGCCAGCGGGAAGGAAAAACAGACAAACGCACACGUACCGGCUUCUCCAUUCCCUCAGUCCGCGUCUGUGGUCGUAAUCACGUCGUGGGCAGCUGGGCACGGACGGAACACGUCUGAGUUCUCUCAUCUCCUUUUCUUCCCUCCCUCUCCCGCCUCGAUCCCUUUCCCAUUUGCAGCAGCUCUGUCUCCCUGCUUCCUAUUAUCUAUCUUUUAUGCUGCUCUUUAUUUUUACUCUGGGUUUCUCAUAUAAGGAAAACACCACGCAAUAUUGAA